GACAUUUCGCAACGCAAACGACGUUCCUCACGAGCACCACGAUGAACAAUUCGCAGUUCCGCAAACUGGUUCUGGACACGCCAGCGCGGCAGCCCUCCUCCAGCGCCGACAGCAAACCCGCACUGGGCGCCACGCCGCGACGAGAUGGCGCGCCCUCCGCUCUGGGCUCCCGCAUGCGGAGCUCCAUUCCCAUGACGCCACGAUCUGUUGGCGGAGUCAAUUUUGCGCGGCAGCUGGCUGAGUCCCGCUUCUCGUCGUCGUCCUCGCAACAACCGGCGAAGAAAUUCCGCAGCACCGCGGCUCCAAAAGGCGCCAAGCUCCCCAGUGGGUAUAUCGACCGGACGAAACUCCGCCAAGAGGAGACGGCGGAUGAGAAGGCGGAGCGGGUGAAGGCGUUAGAGGAAAUGAUGAAGUUGCAGCAGAUUGAUGAGCCGACCUUUGUUAAGCUGCGGGAUGAGAUAUUGGGGGGUGAUGUGGAGAGUACGCAUUUAGUCAAGGGCCUGGAUUGGAAGUUGCUGGAGAGGGUCAAGAGGGGUGAAGAUGUGUUGAAUGGUGACAAGAGUAAGAGGGAAGGGGGUGAGGUUGAUGGAGAAGAGGAAAGGGAAGGAGAGGAUGUGGAUUUAGAUGAGGAAUUUGAGAAGUUGGAAGACAGGGAGGUUAAGGCCGUGGAGAAGGAGAAAGCGGUCAAGAAAGGGGAAAUGGCGCCUCCCGGUUUGAUACCAGGGAAGAAGCGUACUCGAGAUCAGAUCCUAGCAGAACUGAAGGCGGCGCGGAAGGCUGCACAAGAAGCGAAAGGCCCCAGUCUAGGAGCGAAGUUCAAGAAGGUUGGGGAGAGGAGAGCAGAGAGUAGGAUCGAGAGGGACGGGAAGGGUCGGGAUGUUCUGAUUACAGUCGAUGAAAAUGGAAAUGAGAAGAGGAAGGUUAGGAAAAUACAGACGGAACCGGAAUCGAAGAAGGAUAACGGCCUACUCAUGCCGGACAAGGAUGCCAAGCCAUUGGGGAUGGAGGUCCCGGAGAUCCCAAAGGUCGACGAGGAAGAGGAAGACAUGGAUAUUUUUGCUGAUGCGGGGGAUGACUAUGAUCCAUUGGCGGACCUAGGCGUUGAGGAUGACGAUUCUGAUGCCGAAGAAGGAGAAGUGGCUGGUGGUCCGGAAGAGAAGAAGUCGGAGGAGAAGAAGAAGAAUCCAGAGAAGAAACCGGAGCCUGGAAGUAUGGCACCUCCACCACGACCAAUACAACCAGCAGCACCCCGGAAUUACUUUGGAGAUUCCAAACCCGCAGAACCGGAGGAAUCCAAAGCUCCAACAGCCUUCUCCGACCCGACCAUCCUCGCUGCCAUCAAGAAGGCAUCUACCCUUAAUCCACUGGCCCAAGAAGCCAAAAGCUCGGAAGAAGCGGCCAAGGAAGAACGACGGAAGAAGAUGUUGCAACAGGACGACCGAGAUGCACAGGAUCUGGAUAUGGGCUUUGGCAGCAGUAGAUUUGAAGACGAGGAAGAUUUUGAGGAGAAGAAAAUCAGACUAUCGGAAUGGGGCGGGAAGGAUGAUGGAGAGGGAGGUGGAAGGGGUGAAGGAAAGGCAAAGAGGAAAAGAGGUCCCAAGAAGCGGAAAGGGGAUGCUAAUAAUGCUGCGGAUGUCAUGAGAGUUCUAGAGCAGAGGAAAGCCGCUGGUUCAUAGAUAGGUAGCUGCCACUUAUCAAUCCAUAUUGAUCGUUG